CCUACGCCCAAAAUGGCGGCAGUAUUGAAAAGUUUGCUGAUGUUUUUGUUUUAUUUUAAUGUAUUUAAAUUUUCAGUUUUUGAAUAAAUCCACGAUUUGCACGCAAUAGAGAGGGUUGAUCGUUUAUUUCCGAUCCACGUACAUGUCAUAUGGAUCGGUGUAUUUUCUCCGCCGGGGCAGGUUUGUUUAGUUUAGGUCUGUGAAGCGCCACUGUUGACGUGAAUGAGCCAGAUGGCGCUGAACCCGUGGACGUCACUCCUAUGAACUUCAUGAGGUUAAAAUGAAGAGCUUCUGUACGUAGAGAUGGAAGAGGAUGUAAAGAAAGUCAAAAAGCCAGGUAUUGUGUCUCCGUUCAAGCGGGUGUUUCUGAAAGGAGAGAAGGGGAGAGAUAAGAAGGCCCUGGAGAAGUCCACAGAGCGCCGGGCCCUACACACCUUCACCCUCUCUCUCCCGGACCACCGCAUCGACCCUGACAUUCUCCUCAAUGACUACAUUGAAAAGGAAGUUAAGUAUCUGGGACAGCUAACCUCAGUUCCUGGAUAUCUGAAUCCCUCCAGUCGCACUGAAGUUCUGCAACUUAUUGACAAUGCCAGGAAGUCUCAUCAGUUAGCAGGGCAGCUGACAACAGAGCAGGAUGCUGUUGUCAGUCUGUCUGCAUAUAAUGUGAAGCUUGUGUGGCGUGACGGAGAGGACAUCAUUCUUCGCGUGCCCAUUCAUGAUAUCGCGGCUGUGUCCUAUAUCAGAGAUGACUCACUUCACCUAGUGGUGCUAAAAACAGCUCAGGAGCCUGGGGGUUCUCCAUGUCACAGUACAGAGAUGUCAAAGUCUCCCACUUUGAGCUCUCUAUCAGAAAGCGGGGCUGUGCUUGUGGAGGUCUGCUGCCUACUCGUGCUGGCUGUCGAUAACAAGGCUGCAGCAGAAGAACUCUGUCUACUCCUCAGUCAAGUCUUCCAGAUCGUCUACACAGAGUCAACUAUUGACUUCCUGGACAGGGCGAUCUUUGAUGGAGCCACAACGCCAACCAGGCAUCUCUCUAUCUGUAGUGAGGACUCAAGCAAAGUAGAUGUCAAAGAGGCAUUUGAGGCAGAGGCAAGCACAUUUUCAUUCCAGAGUUCUCUAGAGGCAGGGCACUCCUCUUGCCCCUCCCCUUCCUCCACCCCAGCAUCACCACAAACUGCCAGUGAGAGUGAACUGAGCACAACAGCUGCUGAACUGCUGCAGGACUAUAUGACCACACUGAGGACAAAACUGUCCUCUCAGGAGAUUCAGCAGUUUGCGACACUGUUACAUGAGUACAGAAACGGGGCCUCCAUCCAUGAGUUCUGUAUCAACCUGCGACAGCUUUAUGGAGAUAGCAGGAAAUUCCUCCUCCUUGGACUGCGGCCUUUCAUUCCUGAAAAGGACAGCCAGCACUUUGAAAACUUUUUGGAAACCAUCGGCGUGAAAGACGGUCGCGGCAUCAUAACAGACAGCUUUGGGCGUUACAAACGCACGGCAAGCUCUGCAUCAGACUCCACCACUAAUGGUAAUGGAGCUGCGGGCGGUUCGGAUGAAGGAACAGCGACCUCUGAGGGCGAUGAAUGGGACCGCAUGAUUUCAGACAUCAGCAAUGACAUAGAAGCGUUAGGAACCAGUAUGGACCAGGACGGUGUGUGCUCUUGAUGUCACAACACUAGGUCAGGGACUCAAUGUGUCCUUAGCCAAUCACCACUUGAUAUAAUCACAUGGGCCAUUGGUCCAUAUUGCUGUUCAUCGAAUCUGACAAUGCUGGAGCUUGGAUACUGUAUGGAUAACAUGUCCUGGCUGUCAUCCUUAUUCUCAUAUGUUGUGCCAUAGGACCACAACUUUGAAGUUUUGAUAAUUGUUUUUUUAUGAUCCAUGAUGUAAAAAAGGAUUGUCCUUUGCUUUGAACAGCAGUUGUAUUUCUCUAGGUAAUGUUUAUUGGCAGUAUCUGGUACCACUAUAGAGGACUUUGGGGCUGGUAGAUGUUGCUCUUUCGAGAAGGAUAGAGCUGCAGGCCAAGCUCCAAAAAGGGGCGAGAGCUCCAAACCGCCAGCAAAGAUAUACAGAUCCCCUAAUCUAACCCUUUCUCUAACCCUAAUAAUGUGUGGAAGUGACACCCCCUUUUGGAGUUGCCCUGCCCUCUUUUGAGGGUUUCCGCCCCCAUAUGGAGAUCUCUGGGUUGCAGCAAUACCUGCUUGGCUCUUUCAAACUGAUCUGAGACCAGUUUGAUAGUAUCUAAUUUAAUAGUUAACUUUAUGCUUUGAGAAGAGAAUGCUUCUCCUUAUCAGUGUGAAGGGGUAAAUUCUACCUGCAGUGCGGAGUUUCUGCAGUUUCUGGAUGCCUUUUAAAAUGGUAAUACAGUAUGUGUCUAGAAACCUGAUGGAAGUGAAGUGCAGUAUAUUUCCUCCUUUACUGAAUUGCUAAUCAAAACUUGACCUUUAGAAUUUUACACCCUUAUGUUAUCUGGUCAAAGUUUGUGUUAAACUGGUUCUUCCUUUGACAUUAUAAGCAUAGUUUUCACGUAGUUAUAUUUUUUCAGCCAGGAUUGGUUUUCUAUUACCCAGUUACUAUCAUGUGGGUUUCUUAAGGCAGAAAAUGUAGCACUAUAUAUUCUGUAGGGGUGUAACGGUUCUCGGUAAAAAAAAAAACGAACCGUACGGUUCGCCAACCACGGUUCGGUAAGCAUUUGCUCCGCGGUUCAUUUCUAGUUUAAUAACGCAUCUGGAUCAUACAGUUUGGCGAAGAAAAUAAAGCAGCAAAUAGAUAAGCGCAGUUGUAACCUCCGCUAAUGCACCUAGGUGGACACACUCUGCCUGUGUUUCAUGUGGGUCAACUUUCUGCAGAGAGAAGCUGUCCUAUUAACUGUUAGUAUGUUAAAUCAGUUGAUGACAUCACAGUUCUGCACACGUUAGUUGGCAAAAUGGCAAGCGGAGAAAACAAGCUGCAAGAUAGAAGCCCCUGUGUCAUUUAAGUCUCCUGCUGAGAACUUUUUCCGUAUGCAGUCAAUUACAACAGCAAUGGUCAAAAAACUUCUACAACACAGGCACUGUUUGCCAACAUUGCUUGACGCGAGUGCCGUAUACUGGUAAUACAUAGAUAUUUGAUUAUUUAUUUACGCUGACAUCACCUGGGAAUAUAUAGUGCGCGGUGCGCACAGCCACAGGUGAGCCCGAAACUGCACACAGACACACUCCCUUCCAUCUUUAAACAGGCACUCGGUGCUAGUUCGGACAGACAUGAAACAAGAGCUAAAGUGCUCGGGAUGUUCAUAGCCAAAGUUAUGUUGCCCUUACUGCAUCGAUGAAGAUGUGGGAUUUCCGCGUAUGAUUAAAGUGCUCAUCACGUUGCGACAUCCAUUCUCGUAUUCAUUUUAAUAGCAAGUUUAUUUCUUCUGUAUUGAUGUACAGAUUCAGAAUGCUGAAUAUACGUUGAGUAUGAAAUGUACUUUAUGUUGAUGCAUGUUUCGUAAUAAUACAGGUAUUAAUUUAAAAUGUUGAGUUAGUAAUUAGUGUUUUGUUUUUUUUGUUUUUUUUACGGACCCUAACGAAAAUUAACCAUGGUUUUACUAUAGUAAUAUUGUUGUAACCAUGACUGUAAUAACAAGGACUGCUGUCACUAUUGUUUUCUUGGCAGAAAUCAUAGUUUUGAUACAAUUAACCAUUGUUUUACAACAGUAAUACUGUAGUUUCCAUAUAGUAACCUUGAUUUUACUAUAGUUUUGUAACCAUGACAGUAACCAUGUUAAUUUUGUGGUUACUUUUAUUUUACUACAAAUACAAUGUUUAAACUAUGGUUACUGUAGUAAAACCAUGGUGAUUUGUAGUGAGGGCAAAUCUCUUAAAGUGUCUGUUACCAAUAGAAUAUUUUUACUUUGGAUUUGGCAGUCAUAUUUUUUUUUUCUUCCCCUGAACAUAAAUACCAAACCAUACUGAAAGCGUGACCCUAAAACCGUGAGAAAUUUGAACCGUUACACCCCUAAUAUUUUGUUUUUGGACUGAAACCUGGAAAAUUUGGAUAUUUGACAAAGUCAGUUUUCUGGCUGAUUGAGGAUGCAGUUUUGUGUACACUGCAUUAAUUUCAUGUCUUGUUAUUCAUUGUAUCCUUCUCAGAGUUUUCAGUAAUCUAACAUUGUGCCUUGCUGUAUAACUGCUCAUUAUAUCAUCCAACAGGGAUGUAAGAAGUAUUCUGUAAUCUGUACAGAACGUGACUGAAGUAUGAAUUUAUUAACAAAAUGCAACACUUAAAGCCUCUUAA